AGUAAGUCAGAGUAAACGGCAGCCUGUGUAGCCUAGGGUCCGACACUUCCCAUUUGCCUGCUGAUCUUGCACCAGGCAACAUGAAGCUCAAUCGCUCUGGCUGCUGAGAAAACCGCAUCUUUCUCCUAGGAUGGGAUCAUGUUUUGCGCCAAGGUUGCAGUAGAAAUAUAAAACUAUCGUUAGCGACAGAUGAAGUGGACUUACUCACUGGUGACCUUGUCCGGAUAGAAGAACACAGAAGAAAUUCCCGUUUCCCAGUUAUUUGAGCCAAGAGCUGGAAACACUGCUUUGAUUGUCGUCCGGGUCCCUUCCUUAGAGGAAACACAUCCUGUUAAUGUUUGACUGUGAAGUUGCAGUGCUGAAUGUUUGUUGCAGACAGUUACGCCCAGAAACUCGGCAACAGAGUUAGAAAAACAACAGUUUCCUCCUAGCUUCCAGAAAGCGUCUUUUUCUCCUUGGUACCUUAUCAGUUAUGUUAAGAUCGUGUCACAGUCGAAAUAAGAAGUCUAUUUCAACAAGAUGGCCAAUAUCUGCCUAACCAUUUGAUCAGGAGUGCUGUGGCUGUUAAUAGUCUGACUUAAACAAAGAUUAUUUCUGCAAACCUGCUUGGGGUAUUAAGGCAAUCUGCCUUUUAACCACACAACAGACAGGUGUGCUACUUGAGGACAGCACGAGUGAUCCCUCUGGCUUUAUUGAAGGCUCAUCAGUUGGAGAACUCACAUCUUCAUCAUAAGGGAUGGACCUGCAUACAAGGCAGCUUAUCAUUGCCGCACCUCCGGUCGAGAAGGCACAGGAGGGUGGAUAAGCUUAGCAAAAACGCAAAUUACUUGGAUUCUGAGGACACUGGGGAGGUAACAAUGAAUGCUCGACUCCCCUAGCAGCUCUCAAGUAGCUCUAGGUACUCCCGCAUUUCCAACGCACAUGAGUGUUUUGUGUGGAAACAAAAGAGGCUCUCUUGUGCUCUGUGGGUAACAAGAGCGUCUUGGAGCCGGGGUGAGGAAGCAGGCAUGGCUGUUCAAAAGCUGGUGGUGACUGCUGUAGCAGUGGCUCUCCUGUCCCUGAUUCUUAACAAUGCAGCAGCCAUCACUCCAAACUGGGUGUAUCAGGCCCUGGAGGAUGGGAGAAAGCGCAGUGUUGGUCUGUGGAAGAUGUGCUACGGGAGCGAGAAAGGGAAAGCGUCAGUGAGGCAUGAACAAACGCUGGAACGCGAGUGUGAGAAUUUAAGCUGGGGGUCAGAGCACCCUGGAUUUCAAGAAUCUCGGAACACAGUUAAACUUCAGUUUGACAUGAUGCGAGCCUGUAACCUGAUUGCCACAGUGGCUCUGACCGCCGGCCAGCUCAUCUUCCUACUCGGACUGAUGGAACUCCCCCUUAUCACUCGAGAUUCACAGUGGUGGGAGGAAGCCAUUGCUGCUCUGUUUCAGCUGUCCAGUUUUGUGUUGGUGAUUGGACUGGUGACCUUCUACCGUAUAGGCCCCUAUACUCACCUCUCCUGGUCUUGCUACCUGGAUAUUGGUGCCUGUCUCUCAUCGACACUUGCGGCAGCCAUGCUAAUCUGGAACAUAUUGCACCGGCGGGAGGACUGUAUGACACCCCGCGUUAUUGUUAUCCGCCGCUCCAGGCCACGCUUUGAGAAUGACUACGUGGAAUCACCAUGUUGAACAAACGCAGAAAGGAGCGGGCAGCAAUUUGCACAAGUGUUCGAGAGUUGCCGGAUCUCUGCUUAUUCAUGAAAUAACCAAAUCUCUGCUUUCAGCCGCUGUCUGGAAGGUUGGACGAGGUGGGCGCACAGUGGGAGAAGAAGAAAAAAAUGCUUUCAUCCUGAACACAACUAACAAUUCUGACUUGAGAGCAACAUAAAUCACGAAUACAAUAUAGCACAACCAAACAGUAUGGCAGGAUAAAUGCAUGGGAGUAGAAACUCAGCAUCUGAAGGAAACAGAUUUCUUUCACUGGGUUAAAGGCAAUUCCUGUAAUUUAAGUCCCAAUUGGUUUAAGAUGCCUACUUCCAAACAGUACCUGGUGCACCAUUAAGGUGAGCACAUGAGGGAUUGGGUCUUGUGGGACAGAGAAUAAUGUGAAGUAGAAUCUUACUUCACUUCCUUCAGUAAAUAUAUCACCCAAGUAUGAGCAUCUGCUCCCAAGCAUCAACAUUUCAUUUUGGAUACAGAGAUGUCCAGAAUGUUAAAUAUUUACAGGAAUAGUACUCAAAAAGCUAGGCUUUAAUUUAAAGUAACUAUUUAGAUGAGACACAGUAUAUAUUUCAGGCACAAAAUCUGGAUGAACUUAGCAAGUCAUAGAGAGAAUAAAUAGUUGACAUUUCAAGCUUCUGCAUCAAGAAUGUCGACUGUUUAUUCAUUUCCAUAGAGUUCCUCCAGCAUUCCAACAUCUGCAGAAUCUCUUGUGUUUAUGAUAUACAUUUUAUGUAAUAUUUGACUAAAUGGCUAAGAGAGUGGCUUUUGUUAUCUGCCCUUUGCACUGGGAAGCUCAGAAUGCAACUAGACAGAUAUACUCAGGAAAAUGUACAGAGCAGGAGAUGAAAAUUAAAGAACUGCAAAUCCAAACAUAAAAACAGAAAUGCCUCCCUUUCCCUAUCAGUUAUCUGACUGUUACAGUGCAUCUAUCAGUUACUUCCAUUUCGACAUAGGUUUCAGUGUAUAGAGCACAUCAAAGGCAUGUCAUUGGAGUGAAAAACAUCCGAUAAGGAGCCUCAGGAAGGGAGAGUCAGAGAUGUGUGCAUUAAGUUUAAGAAGGAAGGAUUUAAAAGGGAGAAUUCUGGACACGGGUUUCCGUUGGGACAGUGAUUAAGAUGUUUAAAGCCACAAUGAAAGGAUUGUGAUCAUCCUGGAGAAGAGUAAAGCCGAAGGAAAUCACAGAGGUGGAGAGCAGCAACACGUCAGAGGGAUCAGAAAACAAAAGUGAGAAUUUGAAAAUCAGGACUUAGGUUAACUGGGAGCCAUCAUAGGUCAGUGAGUAUGGGAGUGAUGCACAAAGAGGGUGGUUUGAGAUGUGUCCCUGGCAAUUCUGUGGGGCAGUUGAGUCAGUAGAUGACCAAGGCUGGAAAGAGGUCCCAGUAGCAGAAGAGCUGAGGCACAGCCAGUGUUUACUGAUAUGAGAAUCAAUCUCAUGGAUGGUGUGGAGAUACGGUCCAAAACUGAGGAACCAAGGACAGAGAGGGCUUUGGUCUUCCUGAUAGCUACAUACAGGAGAUGUCUGAUUCUCCAAAACCAAGGGACAGAUGGAAGGGGGAGGGGUGUCAGGAGAGAUGGUGCGAAGGCAGAGCUGAGUAUCCUCGGAGGACAUGUGGAAACUGCUGCAAAUCUUGACAGGAGGAGGGGGCCAAGGACAGACCUUGGACAAGGUUGUGCGAGUAACCAAGAGGAGUCAGCUCUGUCUUUACUCACGAGUCUGUUCUCUGAAACGUCCUAUUACAGCCCCCUGUAGAGACUGCCCAAGAAGAACUGGAUACCAUAAGACAUAAGAGCAGAAUUAGGCCAUUUGCCCUAUUGAGUCUGAUCCUUCAAUCAAUAACUGACUUACUAUCCUUCUCAACCCCAUUCUCCUGCCUUCUUCCCAUAACUUUUGACAUCUUACCAAUCAAGAACCUAUCAGCUUCUGUUUUAAAUAUACCCAGUGACUUGGCUUCCAUACCAUCUGUGGUAAUGAAUUCCACAGAUUCACUACCCUCUGAUUAAUUCUUCCUCAUAUGUUCUAAGUGGAUGUCCCUCUAUUCUGAGGCUGUGCCCUCUGGUCAUAAACUCACCCACUAUACGAAACAUCCUCGCCAUGUCCACUCUAUCUAGGCCUCUCAAUAUUCGAUUAGGUUUCAAUUAGAUUCUCCUCUCAUUCUUCUAACCUCCAGCGAGUACACGCCCAGAGUCAUCAAAAGCUCCUAUGUUAACCCUUUCAUUCCCAAGAUCACUCUCAUGAACCUCCUCUGGACCUGCUCCAAUCCCAGCACAUUCUUCUCAGAUAAGAGGCCCAAUAUUGCUCACAAUACUCCAUGUACGGUCUGACCAAUGCCUUAUAAAACCUAUGCACUAAAUUCUUGCUUUUUAUUCCAGUCCUCUCAAAAUGAAUGCGAACAUUUCCUUUACAGGUGUCAGCCAGCUCCUGGUCACAGCACAAGGUGAGCGGACACAUCACAUCCAGAUGCCAGCCUAGAACCACUGGAUGGUGAGGCUCCUGGCCAUAUCUGGUGGGCAAUGGGUCAUUCACCAGCCUUACAGCCUGCCCUCUCUAUUGAAGCAAACCCUCCUCCUGCUAAUUUUGAUAUCUCCUCUGUCUCCUGUUAACCUUUGUUCAAAGUGUAAAGUAAUUUUUUUCAACCAAAGUACAUAUAUGUCACAAUAUACAAUCCUGAGAUUCAUUUUCUUACAGGCAUUCACAGUAAAUACAAAGAAACAUAGUAAUAAUAAAUAAACAAUAAAUAAUCACCUUUAACCCCACCCCUAUCAACACUUCAUUCUGUUAAAGGCCAUAAGACAAUAGGAGUAGAACUUAGGCUAUUUGGCCCAUCGAGUCUGCUCCACCAUGACUGAUCCUUUCUUUCCCCUCUUCAGCCCAUUCCCUGGUCUUCUCCCUGUAACCUCUGAUGUUGUGUCCAAUCAAGAAUCUAUCAAGCUCUGCGUUAACUACACCCAACAACCUGCCCUCCACAGCUACAUGUGGCCACAAAUUCACCACCCACUGGCGAAAGAAAUUUCUCCGCAUCUCUGUUGUAAAUGGAUACCCCUCUAUCCUGAGGCUGUACCCUCUUGUCCUGGACUCUCCCACCAUGGGAAACAUCCUUUCCACAUCUACCCUGUCUAGGCCUUUCAACAUUCAAAAGGUUUCAAUGAGAUCCUCCCUCAUCCUUCUGAAUUCCAGCAAGUACAGACCCAGAGCCAUCAAACAUUCCUCAUAUGAUAACACUUUCAUUCCCAGAAUCAUCCUUAUGCACCUCCUCUGAACACUCUCCAAUGCCAACACAUUUUUUUCUGAGAUGAGGAGUCCAAAACUGUUCACAAUACUCAAGGUGAGGCUUCACCAGUGACUUAUAAAGUUUCAGUCUCACAUCCCUGCUCUUGAAUUCUAAACCUCCUGAAAUGAAUGUUAAUAUGGCAUUUGCCUUCCUCACCACCAACUCAACCUGCAAGUUAAUCUUUAGGGUGGUCUGCCUAAGGACUCCCAAGUCCUUUUGCAUCUCAGAUUUUUGAAUAUUCUCCCUGUUUUGAAAAUAGUCUGCACAUUUAUUUCUACUACCAAAGUGCACGACCAUGCAUUUUCCAACAUUGUAUUUCAUUUGCCACUUUCUUGCUCAUUUUCCUAAUCUGCCCAAGUCCUUCUAUACCCUACCCGUUUCCUCAACAGUACCUACCCAUCCACCAAUCUUCGUUAUCACCUGCAAAUUUCGUAACAAAUCCAUCUAUUCCAUCAUCUAAAUCAUUCAUAUACAGCAUAAAAAGAAGCGGUCCCAACACCGAUCCCUGCAGAACACCACUUGUCACCACUGGCAGCCAAACAGAAAAGGAUCCUUUUAUUUCCACUUGCUGCCUCCUACCAAUCAGCCAAUGCUUUAACCAUGUUAGUAACUUUCCUGUAAUACCACAGGCUCUUAACUCAAUAAGCAGCCUCAUGUGUGGCACCUUGUCAAAGGCCUUCUGAAAGUCCAAAUAUACAACAUCAACUGUGUCCUCAUUAUCUAUCCUGCUUGUAAUCUCCUCAUAGAAUUUCAACGGGUUCAUCAGGCAAGAUUUUCCCUAAAGGAAACCAUGCUGACUUUGUCCUAAUUUGUCCUGUGUCACCAAGUACUCCAUCACCUCAUCCUUAACAAUUGACUCCAACAUCUUACCAAUCACUGAGGUCCGGCUAACUGGUCUGUAAUUUCCUUUCUGCUGCCUUCCUCCUUUCUUAAAGAGUUGUGCCACUUUCACCAAUUCAUCUUCAACAUCACCUUUGUUGAAUUCAGCCUGCCUUCUCCUAUCAGUCCUCUGAUCCUGUCCAGCAGUCCCGUUGUGACAUUCAAUCUGAAUCAGGUUUAUUAUCACUGACAUAUGACAUGAAAUGUGCAGUACAGUAUAAAGACAAAAAUCUACAAACUUCAAAAAUAAAUAAAUAGUGCAAAUAAAGUACAAGGUAGUGUUCAUGGACCAUUCAGAAAUCUGAUGGCAGAGGGGAAGAAGUUGUUCCUAAAUGACAUCAAAUUAUUCACAAUCUCAGGUCGGACUCAGUGAAUGGCACCUAACCUCAGAGAGAGACACAGUGCACAAACAGACCACUUAGCCCACCAAGUCUGUGCCAACCAUCACCACCCAUUUACUCCAAUUCUCCCACAAGUAUAUCUGAAAAGCUCUGUGAGAAGGUUCUGAAGAUUCAGCAAGUUAUCUCCAAGAUAUAUUGAUAAUUACUAUCAAUUGUCAUUUCCGAAUGUGAUCAAUAGGUUUCAAUAGGUCCAAUUUAAUGUCAGAGAAAUGUAUACAAUAUACAUCCUGAAAUUCUUUUUCUUCGCAACCAUCCACGAAAACUGAGGAGUGCCCCAAAGAAUGAAUGACGGUUAAACGUUAGAACCCCAAAGCCAGCCCCCCAGCUCUCCCUCCCACUCACAAGCAACAGCAAGGCAACAACCCCACCCCACCCCCAGAAAAGCAUCAGUGCCCUCUACAGAGCACUCACAUGUGCAGCAAAGUAUCAAUGAAGACACAGACUUGCAGUACCCCAAAGACUACUCGUUCACCUGGUAAUUCAACAUAUCCCAGGUUCUCUCUCUCCCUAAUAAGGGAAAAAGAGGUGUCCCCAUUUCAUAUUCUGACAUUGCUCUUUGUGGAAAGUUACUGUCUGCAGGUUGGUUGUCCCAUUUCCAACAUAAUAAUGAGUCGUGAAGCACCAUGGGAUUUUUUGAGAUUGUUGAGAAAAACACCAAAUGAACAUACCAGUUUCUUUUCAGUUUUGUGACGAAGUCAAUGACAAAGUAAAUUGAGUACGUAUAUAUCACCACGUGCUAUCUUGAGAUUCAUUUUCUUGCAGGAAUUUUCAGGAAAAUAAAGAAACACAACAGAAUUUAUGAAAAACUCUCCAUAAACAAAGACUGACAAACAACAGAAUUUAAACAUUGCACCACAGAUCAAAUGUGGACUCAGUGCUAGUAGGCUUGUGUGUCACACGCUAUCAGGUGGUAAAGCUUUUAGCAGUUCUGCAUGUCUAUAUAUAGACAUCAAAGAGAUCAUAGACAUCAUAGACAUCACUGCUCAAUCACAUGCAGUCCAUUCUCCAGAGCAGCAAAUCUGAUGAGGAUUAGCCAAUAAUUCUCAAAAUAUCUCAAAUGUGCUGUUUAAUUUAGACAAACUAGAAUCAGAACAGGUUUAAUAUCAGUGGCAUGUGUCAUGAAAUUUGCUGUUUUACAGCAGUAAUACGUAAUAAUUUAAAAAUCUAUAAAUUACAUUAAAUAUAUUUUUUAAAUUAAAUUAAAUAUGUAACGCAAAAAGAGAGCAAAGAAAAGGGAAAAAUUAGUGAGAUAAUGUACGUGGGUUCAACGUCCAUUCAGAAUUCUAACGGCAGAGGAAAGAAGCUGUUCCUGAAACAUUGAGUGUGUGUUUUUAGGUUCCUGUACCUCCUCUGUGAUGGUAUCAACAAGAAGAGGGUGUGUCCCAGGCGAUGGGAGUCCUUAAUGAUGGAUGUCAUCUUUUUUGAGGCAUUGCCACAAUUUAAUUAUUUUACAUCACACUAAGAUUCAUUUGUCAAUUUUUUUCAUUGUUAAAAAAAUUCAGAUUACAUACAGAUGGUACACACAUUAUUCAAGAUUUUUCUGAAAAGAUAGCCACACACUAUUACCAGGACAAUGCCCAGUUGUAAUCCAACAGCAGAAACUACCUAGGUUAUGGUUCUGUCCCUUGUAAUAGUAGUGAGGGCUACACAAAUAUUAUUGGUAAUUUAAUAUCACUUCUCAACCCACUGAAAUAUUGCAGGAGGUUUCACUGUUGUUAAUUCUUGGGGGCUCAGUUUAAUGUUCAGUUUUACUGUUCCCAUAGCAGAACAGUGCUUGCUGACACAGCAGGCUACAGGAACUGAAGUGCACAUCUCCCAUGACCUUCCCAUCCACUAAUGGAGUGUAGAUGUGGGAAGUCGACCUGCGGAAGUGCAGUGCCGAUUAUAUAGCAUGCAAUCAGAAUUUUUCCUUGCACCGAAUCUAAUUGAGUCAGUUGUACAUGAACAAAUUCUGUGCAAGGGGUUUUAAACAUUAAUAUACUCUAUGAGCUGUCUCUUCAACUGGAAGGUAAACCAAAUGCAUGAAGCAUAGAAGUUAUGCGGCAUGGUGGCGUAACACUUUACAACCCAGGUUCAAUUCCGGCCACUGUCCGUAAGGAGUUUGUACAUCCUCUCCCAUGACCAAGUGGAUUUCCUCCUACGUUCCAAAGAUGCAAGGGUUAGUCGGUUAACUGGUCACAAGGGGGUAACAGGGUGAUGCUGGCUCAUUGGGCUGGAGGGGCCUGUUACUGUGACAUAUCUUGAUAAAUAAAAAGUUGCUUUUGUCGUUCUGUUCCAUUGCUCAAGAUCCAAAUAUACAGAAUUGUCUCUACUUUGCUGAAUGGUUUCAGAAAGGGCUAAACUGACUCAUGGGAACUGACUUAAAUUUUUUUAUCAAUGUAAUAACUGGUAUAAUACUGUGACACAAAAUGUAAGUAUAUUUGAAUUACAAAUAUCUUCCAAGCUUUAAAUUGAGAUUUUUUUGUGCUGUUAAAGUGCAUUUGAUACAAUUCUGGUAUAGACCAGUUAGUUACUGAAGGUAUAGCAGAGCAUACCUGGCUAUGUACUACAAAUUUCUCUUGUAUAGAUAAUUUAAAAACCAUGCAUUUCCAAA